AGGAAAAUUUUUUUUUUGAAAAAGUGGCUGUCCCCCCCCCCCCCUCAGGAAUGGUCCGGCCAAUAAUGACAAUUUUUUCGAUAACUCAGCCAUUUCUGGACGGAUCCUUCUCAUCUUCGAACUCGACCGAGAUAUUGUUAAGACUGAACUGUGUAAAAAAUUUCAUCGCGAUUGAACUCUUCUUUCAAAAGUUAUCGUGUAAACGGCCGGACGGACACACUGACCGAUUCUAGAGUGUACUCACUUUUUGAGUACACAAAAAGAGAACUGAACAAAAGAAUAAGUUUCUUUUUAUCGAAAUAUAUGUUUUGCUAAAACGCACAUCAUUUGACUCAGUUUUUAAUGUUGAAAAUUUAUUUCAAAUAUUGUUUUCGAUACAAAUGAUCGAACCCGAGUCUCAAAUUAAACAAAAAGAGAAUACCGUAUCUAAUGACCCGUACUUAAUAGCCAAAGACAAUUUAUCAAAUGCCUAUAUGAAUUUUCAGUGGUUAAAUAUAUAUCUACCUGUGAUAUCCAAGUCAAGGACUUAUAUCAGUCUGCUAUCAAUAAUAAAACUCAAAGUUAUCAUACGUCCAAGGGCAGAAGAACAUGAUCUUUGAAGUUAUGCGUAAUUUAGAAAACAUCUAGAAAGUGUCAGAUUUAUCAGUUUAUUUGUGCAAGGUGCUUUCUAUUAAAAAUUUGAUUUUUUUUUCUUCAGGCUGCUUAUCCACCUAAUCAUUAUAUACGUCAAGUACCACAACGUAAAAUUCAUUUAUUUACAUUCUUACAACUAAUUCAAUUAUCAAUCUUAUGUAUUUUGGGGUUUUCACCAAUACUUUAUACUAAAUUAAUUUUACCAAUAUGGUUGGUUGUUAUGGUUGCUUUUCGAUAUCGAAUAUUACCAAAAGUAAUUGCAACGAAAUAUUUACGAGCAUUAGAUCAACGAUUAUAG